AUGGCACUCCAAAAACUCACCAACAACCCAGCCGUACGCAUGCUCAACGCAGCAGCUAAAGGCAAAUACGGCGUCCUGGGAGUCGUAUCCUACAACCUUGAAACCAUCAUCGGCGCCAUCCGCGCCGCCGAAGCAAAGAAAGCACCUCUACAAAUCCUGCUCUUCCCUUGGGCGCUGCACUAUUCACCUUCCUUUGUGUCUGCCGCCGCCGAAGCCUGUGCAGCCGCCUCUGUGCCCGUAACUCUACACAUGGACCACGCCCAAGACCCGGAAGUCAUCAAGCGGGCUGCAGACCUCAAGAAACAUGAUGGCACACCCAUGUUUGAUUCCAUCAUGGUAGACAUGUCACACUAUGAGAAAGAGGAGAACCUUGCCAAAACCACUGAGCUGGUGAAGUUGUGCCAUUCCAAGGGUAUUGCUACGGAAGCCGAGCCGGGACGUAUCGAGGGAGGCGAAGACGGUGUCAAGGAUACUGCAGAAUUGGAGGGUAUGAUGACCACAGCAGAAGAAGUCGACGAUUUCAUCGCUACCGGGAUUGAUUUCCUGGCUCCUGCGUUCGGAAACGUACAUGGUGAUUACCACGGCGUGGAAAACAUCCAUUUGGAUUACGACCGUCUCGAAGCUAUCCAGAAAAAAGUAGACGACAGAGUCCAGAUCGUGCUACACGGCACCAACGAGUUCAUCCCCGAAAUCCUAUCCAAAUGCAUCGAAAGAGGCGUCACACGCGUCAACGUCAACAAAAUGGUGCUGUCUGAUUACUUUGCUUACACGGCCGAGAAGACCGGUAAAGUGCCUUUGACCGAGCAACUGGAGACGGGCACGGAUUUGAUCAAGAAGCAAUGCGAGUAUUGGAUCGAUCAUAUGGGUUGUGCUGGCAAGGCUGGUACUUAUUAG